AUGCCACCACAAAUCACGUUUAUUCAGCUCACUUCCAGCACAGUCAUCCCCAUCAAAGUGUUUGCAAAGUCACCUGCUGCGGGGACGUCUUCGCCCCAGUCGUUGGCCAUCAAUUCCAAGUCUCUCAUUACUCUCACCAAUGCCACCAACUACCACACCAAGCUCUCCAAGAAUUACCUCAACACAUUGGUCGAGUCCAUCCUGGAUGAUGUGCUCGAGACGUUGCUCCAUCGUCCAGUCAAGGAUAUGGAAAUUCGAGGGCCUAUCAACAGUGCCAAUAGUGCCAGAGUGGUUCGUAGAGUCAAGGUUCGAGGAGCAAGAUCUCGCCAUGGUAACCACGAUGGAGGAGUGGCACCAGAAUCGGGUGCCGAGUCGGAACGUGUUGCCAGGGUAGAAAUCCCGUUGGUGCUUCUUGCCAAUGUGAGAACUCGUUUCGCCAGACUCGAGGAAAAUGACGCUCAGAGACUCUUCCCCAAGGGCGUGGUUUCUGACAAGCCAAUUCGCCCCGACGGGACCUUGAGCUUGCUCAAGAAACAAACCACCAUGGAAGACAUGAUCUUGAUCGAAGAAGAAGAGGGCAUUCCCAUCGAAAGCGACUCCAAGAAAAACAUCGGUUACCGAGUGGAUAAACUACACAUGUUCAGCAACAUCAACCAUUGCAUCAGGGUCUUUUUGAACGCUUGA